AGCGGCGGUGGGGCGCGGGCCGAGCGGACGGGAGCGGCGAGAAGCCGGGCUGGAGGCGGCGGUGCCGCCGGGCCCAUGGAGCUGGAGAACAUCGUCGCCAACACCGUCCUCCUCAAGGCCCGCGAAGGUGGUGGUGGAAACAGGAAAGGGAAGAGUAAGAAAUGGCGCCAGAUGCUGCAGUUCCCCCACAUCAGCCUCUGCGAGGACCUUCGACAAACCCUUGAGCGGGACUACCACAGCCUGUGUGAGAAGCAGCCCAUCGGGCACAUGCUCUUUCGGCAGUUCUGCGAGACACGGCCUGAGCUGUCGCGCUGCGUCAAGUUCCUGGAUGCCGUGGCAGGGUACGAAGUGGCUCCAGAUGAGAAGCGGAAGGAAUGCGGGCAGCACCUGAUUGAAAAGUACUUGAAGCCAAACAGUGAGGACCAUGUGCCUGAAGUUCCCUCACAGCUGGUGGAUGCCUGUUGUGAGAGGCUGGAGCAGGAACCUUCCAAGGAGCUCUUCAAGGAAUCCACUAAGCUUAUCCACGACUACCUGAGUGUGGCACCCUUUGCUGACUACCUCGACAGCUUGUAUUUCAGUCGCUUCCUGCAGUGGAAAUGGCUGGAACGGCAGCCAGUGACCAAAAACACUUUCCGGCAGUACCGUGUGCUGGGCAAGGGCGGUUUUGGGGAGGUUUGUGCCUGCCAAGUGCGUGCCACAGGGAAGAUGUAUGCCUGCAAGAAGCUGGAGAAGAAACGGAUCAAAAAGCGGAAAGGAGAGGCCAUGGCCCUGAACGAGAAACAGAUCCUGGAAAAAGUGAACAGUAGGUUUGUAGUGAGCUUAGCCUAUGCAUAUGAAACUAAAGAUGCUCUCUGCCUAGUGCUGACCCUCAUGAAUGGAGGGGACCUCAAGUUCCAUAUCUACCACAUGGGAGAGGCUGGCUUCGAGGAGCCCCGGGCAGCUUUCUAUGCUGCUGAGAUCUGCUGUGGCCUCGAGGACUUGCACCAGGAGAGGAUAGUGUACAGGGACCUGAAGCCAGAGAACAUACUGCUGGAUGACCACGGUCACAUCCGUAUCUCAGACCUGGGGCUAGCUGUGCAUGUGCCAGAGGGCCAAACAAUCAAGGGCCGGGUGGGGACAGUUGGCUACAUGGCUCCAGAGGUGGUGAAGAAUGAGCGCUACACGUUCAGCCCAGACUGGUGGGCUCUGGGCUGCCUGGUGUAUGAGAUGAUCGAGGGACAGUCCCCCUUCCAGCAGCGCAAGAAGAAGAUCAAGCGGGAGGAGGUGGAGCGGUUGGUGAAGGAAGUGCAGGAGGAGUACUCAGAGAAGUUCUCGCCCUGUGCCCGCUCCCUCUGCACCAUGCUCCUGUGCAAAGAUCCUCUGGAGCGCCUGGGGUGCCGAGGAGCUGGGGCCAAAGAAGUGAAGGAGCACCCUCUCUUCAAACACCUCAACUUCAGGAGGCUGGAAGCAGGCAUGCUGGAUCCCCCCUUCAAGCCAGAUCCUCAGGCCAUCUACUGCAAGGAUGUUCUGGACAUUGAGCAGUUCUCCACAGUGAAAGGGGUGGAGCUGGAGCCCACAGACAAUGACUUCUACCAGAAGUUUGCCACAGGAAGUGUGCCCAUUCCUUGGCAGAACGAGAUGAUCGAGACAGAGUGUUUUAAGGAGCUAAAUGUCUUUAGCACAGAUGGGACAGUGCCUCCAGACCUGGACUGGAAAGGGCAGCCUUCUCCACAGCCCAAAAAAGGGUUACUCCAGCGCUUAUUCAGCAGACAGAGGUGAGCAGUCUCUCCUUGCUGCUCUGCUCAGGGAAAUACCUGGUGGCCCGUGGACAUGGCAAGAUCUGGGAAAGAGGAGUGUUGUCCUUCAGUGCCUAUCCCCUUCCCCCAGCAGAGCACAAGCUGCUUGUUGUUCUAACUGCCCCCUGAGCCACUAAUCCCGCUUCCCUGCUCUCACUGCCUUCGUGGAGGAGGCCUUGCCCUCAGCUUGAGCCAAAGCUGCCCUUGCACCACCGCUGCCGGGAGCUCUGCUCCCAGGAGGCAGUGGGAAGUUUCCUUCACUCCUCUCUUUGGAUGUCUGGGACACACAGAAGGGUUGAGAAACUGUGAAGGGUUUGGCAUUGCCCUGUUCUCAGACUCCUGUUCUAGCAAAAAGGGCUUCACCUGCUUCUGCAGCCGGCUGAGCCCUGAGCAGGGCAGAUCGUCUGUGCUGGCACUAAGCUGUGUUCCUGGGUGCUGUAAUCCAUGGAGCCCAUCUUCCUCCCAGCUUCUGAGCUAGUCAGCUGCGUGCUCACCAGUCUGUCUGUGCCAGGAGCUGAACCCCCACAUGCAGCUUGACUGUUCCUCUGCAGACCGGGCUCCCCUCCAGCUCCUUGCCCCCAUGUAGCUCUCCCAUGAGCAGACCAGGGGGGGACCUGGCCCUUCCCUGCCAGAGGGCAGCUGUAGGCUGGGUUGUAUGACCAUGCUCACCCUCUGCUUGCUGUGCUCCUCUCUUCCCUCCUCCCUCUCCUUGCCCUUCUGACUUCAGGACUGCUGUGGGAACUGCAGCGACAGCGAGGAAGAGCCCACCCGGCUGUAGAGCACAGCUUGUUCUCCAGCCCCUGGGACCCCUCUGCCUCUGCCCAGCAGAACAACAGCCCAGCCUGAAGGACAAGGUAGCAGCGGCCCCGCAAGGUGGAUUUGUUUACAGCUCUAUAUAUCUGUAUUUGAAGACUCUGGAUGGCUCCAGGGCUGGCAGCAGCACAUGGCUCAGGCUGAGUUGCCUCUGGCCAUGGGCAAGCCCUCAACCCCGACGCAGACCUGGAUGCCUCUGAAUCUGCCGCUUGGGAUUGUGCUGCUGCGGCUCCCCUCUCGGACCCAGAGUGGGAGGGAGGGAUUGGGCUGAGGCCAGGCUGGAGCAGCUCUGCUCACACAUUCCAUGGUGCCGGAGCGGCACUGCAGGUUUGGUGUAUAUUUAUGUAUGUUGGUCUGUACAUAUCACAUGUCAGUUUUUAAUCUAUAGGUGGGGGCCUGCACUGCCCCCACCCUGUCAAAGGCACAAAUGUCCUCCUAUGGGGGGAGCGACGGUCCCAGCUUUGUUACCAGGGAGUCCUGGGCAGAGGCCUUCUGUGCCUUGAGGUGUCUAAAGCAUCUUUCCUGGACCUUUCUGGCCAUACUGAGGCAUCCCUGGCUCCAGCGGCGUCCAUUGCUCAGCCCCAAGGCACAGGAAACUGCUGUGCCAAAGCGUCUACCAUUGCAUCCUGGCAGCAGAGCGUCACUGCCUCAUCCUUGCCUCCCUGUCUGCCGGAGCCUGCUUCCUUCUGCCUCGUCUCACACAUGCUGCCAGCUCUGGUGAGCUGAUCCUGGUCUCCUCUCCAGACUGUGACAGCAGGACACAGCCACUGUCACGGCAGGUACCUGCUGGAAGGUACCUGCUGCUGGGGCCAAAGGGUCGAUCUGAUCCCCAGUGUGGUUCCACCAACUCUGGACUGCCCGUCUAUGCGUGCUGGGGGCCCCGAGGCCCAGCUUGGUGUUGGAAGAGCAGACGCAUAAGGGACCCUGCUCUCAGGGAGUGAAGCUGUGGUAAAGGGACUAUCCCUUCCUGGGGUCAUGCUGAGAGCUGUGACGUAAGAGUGAAUAGGGCCAGGACCAGCCUCCCUGCUGUACGGGCUUGGUGUGUGUCCCCAGGGAUCUGUGACCAAGCGCAGGCAGGAGUGGAGGGGCUGGAGCCCUGUGUGGCCCUGGGGAGCAGUGUGGGGCUCAGCCCACCUCUCCAUUCUCCUUGUCCUGUCUCCUCUUGCACACUCGUCCCAGCUGUGUCCUGAGCAAUAACUUGUCUCUUCUGUAUGUGUGUAUGUACGCACAUGCGUGUGUGCACGUGUGUGCUGCUGCCUCGUGCUCAUUCUGAGCCAGGCCCCCCGGGGGGGCUGAGCACCUACUUGGACCUGUGGUAUCAUUUGCUUGCCUUGCACUAAAGUUGGAGAGUAUUUAAAUUUUUAACCUUUUCUUAAGCCUAA